UUGGGUCGUGGAAUACGUCUGCAGUCGUGAACAUGUCAUUUAUGUUUAACGAAGCCAGCUCCUUUGAUCAGGCCAUCGGUGCUUGGAACACUGGCUUUGUCAAAGACAUGAAGAAUAUGUUUUCGGAUGCGUGGACCUUCAAUCAACCAAUCGGGUCGUGGAAGACCUCGGCAGUGAAGAACAUGCGACAAAUGUUCUGGGGGGCCUUCUCGUUUGAUCAGCCCAUCGGUGCUUGGGACACGGGCAAUGUCCGAGACAUGAAUUCCAUGUUCUACAAUGCUGCGAAGUUCAACCAACCCAUCGGGUCAUGGAAUACGUCUGCUGUCACCGACAUGUCCUGGUUGUUUCACGGAGCCAGAUCGUUUGAUCAGCCCAUCGGUGCUUGGGAGACUGGCAAAGUCCGAGACAUGAAGGACAUGUUCAAGAAAGCCGCGAAGUUCAACGAACCCAUCGGGUCAUGGAAUACGUCCGCUGUGAUGGACAUGUCCUCGAUGUUCGCAGGAGCGGACUCUUUCAACCAGCCCAUUGGUGGAUGGGACACUUCGCGGGUACAUGACAUGAACUACAUGUUUGAAUUAGCUGUCGCCUUCGACCAGCCGCUGAAUCAUUGGGACACCAAGGCUGUGACUGACUUCUCUGGGAUGUUUUUCCGCGCCAGCUCCUUCAACCAGCCAGUUGGAUUGUGGGACACAUCGGCAGCGACAGAUAUGAGAGACGUGUUUGCAGGGGCCCAAAGUUUCGAUCAGUCUGUCUCAACAUGGAACUUGAGAUCCAUUCCCGAUGCCCAAGCUAUGGCCGAAGCUUUCACGGGUUCAGGCAUGUCAACUUGCGUGUUGCGUUUCAGUUCCGAAGCUUGGGGUUUGCCUCCCAGCAUUCGUCAGACUUGGUCAGACCAACUCUGUCCCAGCUGCCCUUGUCAAAAGACCAACUUGGCAUGUGUGGAUGAAGCCUGUCGACCAGUGAACUCCGGCUUCAUCGAGCUUGGGAGAGGUGCUUGGGAUGAUCGAAACGCAAGUCUUACAACUGCUGUGGGCUUUCGAGCAUGUGUCCAAAGAUGCGAAGACUCCGAAUGUGGUGCUUUCCUUCUGGAAGACUCUGGGCGCUGCUGGCUGAUGGACGACCAAAAUGGGCUCAGCUUGGAUUCUGGAGGACGGAUCGGGUCCAAGCUACUUGGCGUUUCGCAGGGCCUCGUGCCGCACCUUCUCGUGCCCCGUGGGAACGACGCUGGCGACGACGAGUCGCAACGCCUCAGCCGCGACGGCGACGGUGACGGCGGCCUCCUGUUGCAGGUGCGCUGCUCCCAAUGAGGUUCCCAUUCGGAGCAAGGAACCUGAUUUGGAAUGCCUGCGCUGUCCAGCAGGAAGUGCUCCCAAGGAUGACCGUUGCGAAGCAUGCGCCUCAGGCUUUGCCCAAGCUGGUGCUGUGCGAUGUGAAGAUUGCCCACCU